GAGAAUAAUUAAUGAUUGACAAGUAACCAAGAAAUAGACAAAUCCUACAGAAUCCAUUUCUGUGUCACACAAGGCAAGGGUAAUAGUGACUUCCAGCAGGCAAAUCACAUUCUGGGGAAGGGCGUUUCUGCCUUAACCUUUUUGGCAUAUAUAUAUAUAUUUGUUCUCAUCAAAGCAACUUUUUGAGCCUCAUCAUCACCACCACCACACCACAACACAAUGGAAUCUAUUUUACUCAAAAACAUGUUAUCACAGAACCACACGUUGCAGCAGGUCCCUUCUGUGGACAUGGAUUUGUCAUGGUUGAUUGAGUUUCUGAAAGGUAUGGUGAAACCUGUGUGCGCCACUGCAGUGGUGUUUCUUGCCGUGGGAUUGUCUUUCUCGCAGAAACUUGGUCUUGAGGUGGAAAUGAUUGUUUCCAUUCUUAGAGCUUUUCUUCAACUCUCUAUCAUUGGCUUUGUUUUGCAGUUCAUUUUCAACCAGGAUAAUUCUGGAUGGAUCCUCCUUGCAUACCUUUUCAUGGUGUCUAUUGCUGGUUAUACUGCGGGUCAACGUGCGAAACAAGUACCUCGUGGAAAAUAUGUAGCAGGGGCUUCAAUUCUAACAGGAACUGCGAUAACUAUGUUUGUGUUAGUAGCACUCAGCGUGUUCCCUUUCACUCCCAGAUAUAUCAUUCCUGUUGCAGGCAUGAUGGUUGGGAAUUCAAUGACAGUCACUGGAGUUACCAUGAAAAGACUCCGAGACGACAUUAAAGCACAAAUCAACUUGGUUGAGACUGCAUUGGCUCUUGGUGCAACACCGAGACAAGCAACACAUCAACAAGUGAAAAGGGCACUGGUCAUAGCACUUUCUCCUGUAGUGGAUAACACAAAAACAGUGGGUCUAAUAUCCCUUCCAGGGGCCAUGACUGGUCUCAUUAUGGGAGGGGCUUCACCUUUGGAAGCCAUUCAAUUACAAAUUGUGGUCAUGAAUAUGAUGAUAGGAGCUGCAACUAUUAGUAGCAUAAUGGCUACAUACCUAUGUUGGCCUGCAUUUUUCACCAAGGCAUACCAAUUGGAAACCAAAGUCUUCUCAACUUGAUUUGAAUUAAUUUUUAUUCAUUCAUAAAUUAAUUCAACCCAACUUUAUUUCGAACCUUCAAACAAAUCUCAAUGCAGCCAAGUCUUCAUGUAUAUUUUAUUAAUUAGUUUCAUUUUUAAUUUGUUGUGCGACUAUUAGAUAAUUAUAUUAAGUUUAAUAGGGUGUUGGGUUUAUGACA